AUCAUGGAUUAAAUGAAACAGCCAUCAUAUCGUACCUUCGACUAUCCAAACUCGUUAUAGAAGUGAUGUCACGAAUGUGUGUCAGGGAUCGAGUCAAGCUAGCAAACAAGACCACGCCAUCCGAUCCACGAGAUAUUGUUUUGUCGGACUGAAUUUCACAUCGCAGUCUACGCCAGAACUUCUUUAGUGCCGCCCGUUUCCAGACAAUUCGUCUGAUCGAUAUACUCGUUCAGUGCAAAUUUUGAAGCAACAGAUAUUCUUCUUGAUCAACAAUGGCAAUCAACAGAAUUACCAUCAUCAAAGCUAUUGAAUUGGCCCUAGCAGUCAUAUGCCUCUUCCUUCAUACUAAAAGUCAUACUGGAAACAGUACCCAGGAGAUCAUAUCCAUUGCUGCCUUUGGUGGUUUUACAAUCAUUCUUACUGGUUUAUUUAUAGGAAAAGUGGUGGAUUCUGCUGUAGGAUCCAAAAUUGACCUCUACUACUCCAUCGUGGGAGUAGUUUUAUUCGUAGCUGCAGGUUACUACAACAUUGACACCUUCAAAGAUGACGGGGCUGACAGUAAAAAUUAUGGUUUGAUAAAAGGAAGUUUAGCCAUCAUUAAUGCAGUAGUCUUCCUCAUCGACGCACUCUUAGGCUGGAGAGUGUAAAAUCUCAAUCUUCUUGAGAAUAAUCAAUUCACAGAAUCGAAUAUUUUUGUUAUAAACUUUUGUACCUUACUGGAAAUAACUAUAUUUCGUCACAAAUUUUCGAUAUGCAUAAUGUUAACAUUUGAUUUUUAUGAAUGUUAACGUAAAGAGUAUUUCACCUGAAUUUUCAUCUGAUAUACAACCCAGAAUUUGUAAACAAAAUGCCAAAUAUUUUUAUACAAAAAAACAGGUAUAUUCAACUGGAAUAUGUAUUAGCAUCAUAUCGAUAAUCGUUUUAUAUUUAUUUGCUGAUGUGAAUAUGUAGCUUUAAGAAUACAUGUAAGAGAUAAAUUAUUUUUUAAUAAAUUUGCCUAUUUGUGUCGGAAA